CAUCUGUGUUGUUGCAGGUCAUACUUAUGCGGCCAUGGGAAUGCGCGUAGCGACGCAUUGAAAGGUCAGCUGCCCGCAUGUAAAGCGUUUUGCGAAGUCCGGAGAAACCGUCCAGAGACUGCGCCAUGCCGGGACCAGAAAUUCGCCAAGGCUGUCGCGAUGUCACGGCUCGCACAAUCUGCCUUGGACCGGAGAAGUCAACGUACAAGGUUUUCAGAAAGCCCCAGGACAAAAAGGAGAAGAAGCCCAGAGAAAUGCCGAAAAGAAUGCUGGUUACAAGUGACUUGAUCCGGAAGAUUCGUGUCCCCUACGAGAGAGAUCCACAGACAGUCACAAUCAACCAAGGGAAGUUCCAGAAGAUCAGCAGUUCCGCUAAGGUGCUCUCCAAGCAGGAGGUGGAGGCGGCCGAGCGGCGGCGCGAGGAGCAGAAGGACCGCCUCGCGGCCGAGGCGCUGGCCCGCCGCCAGGCGCUCGAGGCCGCGGACAUCGUCCGUGAGUCCAAGGAAGCUGAAGCUGUAGACGAAUUGAAGGAGGAAGCCAGAAAACGCGCCAAAAAUAUCGUGGAUCGCGCGAAAAUAGCCGAGAUGGAGGCUGAUGAAGACAUCAAGCAGAUGAACCAGAUGAUCAUGCAGGCGAAGGUUUACGCUGUCCGAGACGCGCAGGUAGAGGAGAAGAAGGUCAUCGCGAAGGAGAUGAUGGAGGAAGAGCGACGGUUGGAUCACAUGAUGGAACAGGAGCGUCAGCGGGACCUGGCGGAGCAGCAGAGACGCGAGGAGGAGCGGCGCAGGGUCAGGGAGAAGCAGAAGGCCGUCAUCAUCGAGCAGAUCGCCGAAAACGAGGAGCACAGGAUUCUCAGGGCCGAGAAGAAAAACCAGGAAGCUGAAACGAUAAGGAAAAAGAUACGCAAGAUGCAGCUAGAGGAUCUUGAGGCAGACGAGGCAAAGAAGAAAGCGCAACACGAAAUGCACGAAUCUUUGCGAAUUGCCAACGAGGCCAUGGAAGAAAAGAAGAGAAACCAGAAGGAUUUCGCCAAGCUUGAAGAGGAUCAGAUUCGAGAAUACCAACGCCAGAAGGCGGAGCAGGAGGCCAAGUACGAGGAGGAGCAGGCGGCUCUGAAGAAGGCCAAGGAACUCGAGAUCGCGAAGAUGCGGGCGAUGCAGCAGCGUGAGCAGGACAGACUGGCUGGCGAGCACGAGAGGCGAGCGCGCCGCGACAGGGAACGGAUGGAGCGCGAGUGGCGGCGCAAGGAGCUGGAGGAUGCGCGGCUCAAGGCCGAGAACGACGCGGAACUGAAGCAGGCGCGCCACAACCAGGUGGAGCAGCGCGAGCGCCAGGUGGCCGUGGAGGCGCAGCGCGAGCGGGCCGAGUUCUAUCGUAUCCUACAGGCGCAGAAGGAGGCCGAGGCGCUCAGCCACGCCGACGACGCCAUGCACAAACUGCUGUCGCUGAGUACUGAGAAGCACUGGACGGUCUAG